AUGUUCCCAUCACAUUUCCAUACAUAUCCGUAUAAUGUCUUCUCGAAUAAAAGUACAAUUGCUCAUCCAAAGACAGGUCUCUUUCUUGAUUAUGUUGGACAAUAUAUUCCACCUGACGAAAUCGUCCAUACAUCGGCGAUAUUCCCAAUGACCACAACUACUUGUCAUUUUCUGCCCUUGUCGGCUGCGAAACUCAUCUCUUCCUGCAAUAUUACCAGACGAAGAACUAAACGCUUGAUCGAUCCCAUUACUUUAGGUACUGCAUCUAUAAGUCUUGCUCUGUCAGUAGCAAAUUCGGCACUAAUUGCAAAACUGUUCGAGCAAAUGGCAGUUGUUAAGAACUCUAUAUCAUCAUUAUCUCAAAAAGUAGAACUAUAUGGAGCACAACUAGUAAAAAUUACAUCAAGAAAUAUAGAAAUUAUUGAAGAGCUUCACUCAACACAAAAAGCUCUUAACGACAUAAUGCCUGUUUUGAAGUCACAUUCCGAGGCCAUUCAUCUUCUUAAAAUGGAUCUCGAACGACUAAAUGUUCAGUUUCGACACUCGUUUCUUUAUUCAGCAAUAUCUCAAAUAUAUCGAAACGAGCUAACACUCAGCUUUUUGUCGCCAGAUGAUAUGCAUAAAGUGGUAGAUCAUGUCAUCCAACAAGGAAAUCUAACAUUUAAUUCACAUCCUGAAUCACUUCCAGUCGUCGAAAUUAUCACUAAACUUCUUGUUCAGCAACAUAUAGAUUUUAUUCCUAGUUCACAGUAUAUGAGCGAUGGUUUAGACGGAACAGACGAUCCAGACGAAAUCGGACGUCUCAUCAUUACUAGCUAUUUCGCGGUCCCAAAACAGGCACAAGCACUUUUCCAUAUAUACAAAUUAGUGACAAUUCCCUUCUAUUAUGCCGAUGAAGUAAUCGAACUCGUUCAGAUACCUCGAUACUGGGGCAUUGAUUUAAUAAAUAAUACCACUAUGGAAUGGCAUGAUAGUGAAGUAUCUGGUUGCAAUCUUGAGCUAAUGACAUCAUGUCGUGAUAAUCCACCUAUCCGAACGAUCUCCAAAGAUACUUGUUUGGAUGAAAUCAUAGAAAAUCUUCCUCUAUCUAAAUGUCAAACAACACAGGCUCCUGCUGAUAAAUAUUUUAUCCGACAGUUAAGAGAUAAUCUUUGGAUUACUUCAUCAUCUAAACCAAUACAUUGUGUGAGAAUGUCACGAAACAGAUAUUUCAAUCCAACGCAACAAAUCUCGAAUAUUAAUGAGGAAAUAAUACUUCCACCUGUGGCUAUUGUAAAUGUAACUGAAGGUUAUAUAAUUGCGUGCCCAGGCUUCACUUUAGUAGGCCGUCCUGUAACUCCCAAUCUCUCUUCACUUGUUUUAUUACAAGAUAAUGGUAUAUUUACUAAAAAUAUCUCUGUUAUAAAUGUUCAUCAACACAUAACAGAAAAUAUGACAUGGUUCAAAAAGAAUGUAGCCGAACAGGAAAGGCAGGCUUUUAUAGAAUUUAUAAACCAAAAGAAUACUCUCUCGAGGUCUCAUGUCCCUAUCUCUACUGAUAUUGGACCUUUCGGUGCUUUAAGUUUCAACUGGAUUCUUAUUGGAUUAGCUGUUUUAGCGUACUAUAUUUAUCGACGCAAACGAUCAAAUACCUCAACAGAUCAUUCAGUUAUUUUUGCUCUCUAA